CCACGUACAAAGGCACAGAGAGGGGGACCACCAACAGAGUGGACAGAAAUCGCAGAAAUCACAGCUCUGAAGACCACCUCUACAGCAACUUUGACCACUACAGUCUCUACUCCCACUUCCGGAAUGCUGACUCUCCUCAGGACAUCAGGUAAAAUGGCCAGCACAAGCACAAGAGGAACGAUCUUUACAACCCCAGAUGUUUCCCCUGAUGUUCUAGAGAUGACAGCCUCACUGGCCACCAGACCUGGAGCAGAUACCAACACAGAGCUUCCCAGGACAACCUCAUCUGUUUUCAAUAGAGGGUCAGAAACCACACCCUCACUGGUCCCUAGUUCUGGGGCAAAGAACAGUCCCGCUGUUCCAACUCUGACUGUCUUCCCUGGUGUACCAGAAAUGGUGACCUCGCUGGUAACAAGUCCUGGGGCAGAGACAAGUAUGGUCAUUUCAACUCUAACUGAUUCCCAAGAUGAACCAGAGACCUCUGCCUCAUGGGUCACCCAUCCUGUGGUGCAGAGCAGUUCAUCCACUCCAACUCCAAAUGUCUUCCCUAGUGAGCCAGGGCUGGUGACCUCACUGGAUGCUAGUUUUGCAGCAGAGACCAGCCCAGAUGGUCAAACUCUGACUAUUUCUCUUGGUAAGCCAGAUACAACAGUCUCAUUGAUUACACACCCUGAGUCACAGACUGGUUCAGCCAUUCCAACUCCAACCAUCUCCCCUAGUAUAAUAGGGGUAGAAAUCUCACCAGUCACCAAUUCUGAGGCAGAAUCCAGUACAGCAUUUAUAACUCUGACUGACGAACUAGAGGCAACAGCCUCACAGGUCACCCAUGCUGGAACAGAAGCCAUUUCCACUGUUGCAGCUUUGACUGUUUCCCCUGGUGAGCCAAAUACAAGAACCUCAUGGGCUCAUUCCACAGAGAACAGCACACCUGUUUCCAGAAUAACUCUGGGUUUUUCUCAAAGUGAACUAGACACCACACUCUCAAUGGCCACCACUCCUGGGGCAGAAGCUAGUUCAGCCACUCCAACAAUCACUGUCUCACCUGGUGUACCAGAUAUGGUGACCUCACAAGUCACUAGUUCUGGGACAGAUGCCAGUACAACCUCUUUGACUCUGACUGAAUCCCUGCAUGAAUCAGAUACAACAGUCUCCUUAGUCACUUAUCCUGCAACAUCCAGCCCAACAGUUCCCGGGACAACCCCCCAUGUUUCCCAUAGGGAAUCAGACAGCAUGCCCUCAACAGCCACCAGCCUUGAGACAGAAGCCAGUUCAGCUGCUCCAACUACACCUAUCUCCCUUGGUGUACCAGACAUGGUGACUUCACAGGCCACUAGUUCUGGGACAGGUGCCAGUACGGUUCUUUCACCUCUGACUCUUUCUGCUGGUGAACCAGUAAGCACAGUCUCAUGGAUUAAUCAUAAUGGAGCACAGACCAGUUUUUCCAUCUCAACUCCAACUGUCUCCCCUGGUGUAUCAGAGGUGGGGACCUCACUGGUCACUAGUUCUGGGGCAGAGACCGGUGCAACUUUUCUAACUCUUACUGAUUCCUCGCAUGAUUCAGAGACAACAGCCUUAUGGGUCACCCAUUCUGCAAAGACCGGCACAUCUGUUUCCAGAAUAACUCCGCACGGUGAAUCAGACAUCUCGUUCUCAACAGCUACCACUCCAGGAGCAGAGAUCAGUUCACCUUCAGCUACAACUGUCUCACCCACUGUGCCAGGACUGGUGACUUUAUUGGCUACCAGUUCUGAGGCGGAAGCCAAUACAACUCUCUCAACUCUGACUGAGUCACUGCAUGAACUGGAGACCACAGCCUCAUGGGUCACCGAUUCUGAGAAAAAAGCCAGUUCAGCUUCUCCACCUCUUUCUGUUUCCCCUGGGGAGCCAGAAACAGCAGUCUCAUUGAUCACCCAUCCUGCAGAGACCAGUCCUACAGUUCCAAGGACAAUACCCAGUGUUUCCCAUAGUGAAUCAUAUACCACACCCUUAGUGGCCACCAGCCAUGGGGCAGAAGUCAGUUCUGUUGUUCCAACUCCAACUGUUUCCCCUGGUAUACCAGAUAUGGUGACCUCACAGGUCACUAGUGCUGAGAAAGAGGCCAGUAUGGCUAUCUCGACUCUGAAUCUUUCUCCUGUGGAGUCAGUGACCACAGCCAUGAUGGUUACUCAUUCUGGGGCACAGACCAGUUCAGCCAUUCCAGCUCCAACUGUCCCCUCUACUGUGCCAGAGCUGGUGACCUCAAUGGUCACCAGUACUGGGGAAGAAGUCAGUACAAGUUUUACAACUCUGACUGUUUCUCCAGGUCAACUGGAGACCACGGCUUCAUGGGUCACCCAUUCUGGGACAGAAGCCAGUUCAGCUGUUCCAACUCAGACUGAUUUUACACAUAAGCCAGAUAUAACAGUCUCAUUGGUCACCCAUUCUGCAGAGACCAGCCCAAACACCUCUGUCCCGACAACACCUCUGGUUUUUUCCGAAAGUGAACCAGGUACCACACACUCAAUAGCCACCAGUCUUGGGGCAGAAGUCAGUUCAGUUGUUCCAAGUCCAACCAUCUCCCCUGGUGUACCAGAUAUGGGGACCUCCCAGGCCCCUAGUUCUGAGACAGAUGCUGAUAUGACUAUUCCAAGUCUGACUCUUUCUCCUAGUGAACCAGCAACCACAGCCUUAUUGGUCACCCAAUCCAGUACAAAAACAAUCACGAAUUUUCCUAGUUCAACUGCUUUUCCUCACUUACCAGAGACCAUAGCCUCACUAUCCAUCCGGCCUCAGCUGGAGAUUAGUGCAGCUCUUCCAACUCAGACUGUUUCCCCCAGUCCAGCAGAAAUAACAUCCUUCACCACACCUGUGACCAAGACCAGUGAAGGUGAUCUAGGUCCAACUAUCUCACUUGGUGUUCCUGCAGAAACAGCCUCACUUUCCACCCAUCCUGGCACAGACGUCAGCACAGCUGUUUCAACCUCAACUCUUUCCCCCAUUUUACUGGAAACCACAGGCUUACUGGCCCCCAGCCCUCCAUCAAAUGCCAGCACCAGUAUCCCAACUUUGACUCCUGGUGUUCUUGGGCCUGUCAGUACCCCUGCAACCACUGGUGAACCCUCACCACCUGUGACUUCAGUUGGACUCCCUGAAUUGUCCAAAACUGUGACUCUGAUAGCAUCAGAGACCCCAACACCACCGAAAACUGGUCACAGAGAAGGACUGAGUUCAACCACUGUCCUGAAAACCACAACUCUUGAGAUCACCAAUGUAGCUGCUACAGGUUCAGGCCCCAUCAUGGCAGAGAACACAACCACCUUCAGUACAUCAGCAGGAAGUCCCUUUGUCCCUGAGACCUCACCUGGGACAUCCACCAUGACCUCUCUGAGUAUGACUUCAGAAACAGCUGCAGUUCCUUUCUUGAUGCCUUUUACUGUCAACUUCACUGUCACCAACCUGUACUACACAGAGGAUAUGGAAAACUCAGGCUCUGAGAUAUUCAAUGCCACUGAGAGAAACCUGCAGCACCUGCUCAGGACUUUGUUCAAAAACAGCAGCAUUGGUUCCCUCUAUGCUGGCUGCAGGCUGACCUUGCUCAGGGCUGAAAAGGAUGGAACAAGCACCAGAAUGGAUGCGGUCUGCACCUACCACCCAGAUCCCACAGGCUUUAGGCUGGACAGAGAGCGGCUGUACUGGGAGCUAAGUCAGCAGACCCAUGGUGUCGCUUGGCUGGGCCCUUACACCCUGGACAGGGACAGUCUCUGUGUCAAUGGUUAUAACCCUCAGUACUGGAUCCCCACCACCAGCCCUCCGAUGACUUCUACAUUCUCUCUAGGACUUCCUACUUCUCUACCUCCCACUCCCAGUUCUACAGCUGCAGGUGUGGGUCCUGACCUGGUGCCAUUCACCCUCAACUUCACCAUCACCAACCUACUCUGCACCCCAGAUAUGAGGCGCCCAGGCUCCAUUAAGUUCAACUCCACUGAGAGGGCCCUGAAUCGCCUGCUUGGUCCCUUGUUCAAGAACACCAGUAUCGGCCCACUGUACUCUGGUUGCAGACUGACCUUGCUCAGGACUGAGAAGGAUGGAGCAGCAACUGGAGUGGAUGCCAUCUGCACCUACCGUCCUGACCCCACGGGCCCCAGGCUGAACAGAGAAGAAUUGUACCAGGAGCUGAGUCAGUUGACCCAUAGUGUCACGCAGCUGGGCACCUACAUCCUGGACAGAGACAGUCUCUAUGUCAAUGGUUAUAACCAUCGGUACUGGACCCCUACCACCAGCACUCCAGUGACUUCCACAUUCUCUCCUGAAUCUUCCACAACUCUGUCCCCCAUCCUCAGCUCUACAGGUGUGAGCCUGUCUCUGGUGCCCUUCACCCUCAACUUCACCAUCACCAGCCUGCGCUACACAGAGGACAUGGGAUCCCCAGGAUCUCAGCUAUUCAAUUCCACAGAGAGGACCUUGAAUCGUCUGCUCAAACCCUUGUUCCAGAACAGCAGUAUUGGGCCUCUCUAUUAUGGCUGCAGGUUGACCUUGCUCAGGCCUGAGAAAAAGGGAACAGCUACCGGAGUUGAUGCUGUUUGUACUUACCAUCCUGACCCUGCGGGCCCUAAGCUAGACAGAGAGAAGCUGUACUGGGAGCUGAGCCAGCAGACCCAUGGUGUCAGCCAGCUGGGCUCCUUUACCCUGGACAAGAACAACCUCUAUGUCAAUGGUUACAACCACUGGACCUCGGCCCCCACACCCAGUGCUGCCGUGACCCCCAUGCUCUUUCCAAGGACCUCGGUGGUGCCAACCCACUUCUCCAGCUACACAGCAGCUGUUCCCUUCCUGGUGCCGUUCACCCUCAACUUCACCAUAACCAACCUGCACUACGAAGAGAGCAUGCGGCGUCCAGGCUCUUGGAAAUUCAACUCCACGGAGAAGAUCCUGCAGGGUCUACUCAAACUCCUGUUCAGGAAUAGCAGUCUGGGACUCCUCUAUUCAGGCUGUAGAUUGGCUUCCCUGAGGCCUGAGAAGGAUGGGGCAGCCACCAGAGUGGAUGCCAUGUGUAUGCAUCGCCCUGACCCUGAAGGCCUGGGACUCGACAGAGAGCAGCUAUACUGGGAGCUGAGCCAGCUGACCCAUGGCAUUGCCCUGCUGGGCCACUACACCCUGGACAGGAACAGUCUCUAUGUCAAUGGUUUCACCCAUCAGAGCUCUGCACCCAUCACCAACACUCCAGGGACCUCCACAGUGCACCUGGGAACCUCUGGGACUCCAUCCUCCUUUCCCAGCUCCAGCCCCAUGGGUUAUACCCAUCAGGUCCUGACCUCCACCCCCAGCACCUCUACCAUAUCCCCAGCAACCUCAAUGACCCCCAUCCCUGCCCCCACAGCCACUGGUCUUGCCCUGGUGCCGUUUACUCUCAACUUCACCAUCACUAACCUGCAGCACCAGGAAGGUAUGAGUCGCCCUGGUUCCUGGAGGUUCAACAGCACCCAGAGAAACCUGCAGCGGCUGCUUGGACCCUUGUUCAAGAACACCAGUGUGGGCCCCCUCUACUCAGGCUGCAGGCUGACCUUGCUCAGGCCCGAGAAGGAUGGGGAGGCCACUGGAGUGGAUGCCAUCUGUACCCAUCGCCCUGACCCCGUGGGCCCUGGGCUGGACAGAGAGCGGCUGUACGAGGAGCUGAGCCAGCUGACCCACGGCGUCACCAGGCUGGGUCCCUACACCCUGGACCCAGACAGUCUCUACAUCAAUGGUUACACCCACCAGACCCAGGCUACCACCCCCAGUGCUUCUAUGGUGGCCACAGUUUCUGCAGGGGUGCCAGCCUCCUUCUCCAGUCCCACAGCUGCUGGCCCUGCCCCGGUGCCCUUCACCCUCAACUUCACCAUCAUCAACCUGCAUUACACGAAGGCCAUGCGGCCGGGCUCUGCGAAGUUCAACUCUACAGAGUCAGUCCUACAAGGCCUGCUCAAGCCCUUGUUUGCCAACAGCAGCAUUGGGCCACUCUACACUGGCUGCAGAGUGACCACGCUAAGGCCUGAAAAGAGUGGAACAGCCACUGGAGUGGACGCUGUCUGCACCUACCAACCUGACCCCUCCGGUCUCCAGCUGGACAGGGAGCGGCUCUACUGGGAGCUGAGCCACCAGACCCAUGGUGUCACUCAGCUUGGUUCCUACAUCCUGGACAGGGACAGUCUCUAUGUCAACGGUUACACCAGAACACCACCGACCUCCAUCCCCAGUGUUUCUGUGACUUCCACAUCCUCAGGGACCUCGGCAGCUCCAAUCUCCUUCUCCAGCUCCACAGUCUCUGGCCCUGACCUGGUUCCAUUCACCCUUAACUUCACCAUCACCAACCUGCGCUACACGGAGGACAUGCAGCUUAUGGGCUCUGCCAAGUUCAAUGAAACAGAGAUGAUCUUGCAGAGCCUGCUCAGACCCUUAUUCAAGAAAACCAGUGUUGGCCCGCUCUACUCUGGCUGCAGACUGACCUCGCUCAGGCCCCAGAAGGCUGGAGCAGCCACCCGCGUGAACACCGUCUGCUUCCGCCGCCCCGACCCCACGGGCCUCGCGCUGGACAGAGAGCGGCUGUACUGGGAGCUGAGCCGGCUGACCCAUGGUGUCACCAGGCUGGGCCACUACACCCUGGAGGAGGACAGUCUCUGUGUCAGUGGCUACACCCACCAGACACCAGUAACGGCCCCCAGUGCCACCGGACGACCGCUGGUGCCAUUCACUCUCAACUUCACUGUCACCAACCUGCACUAUACGGAGGACAUGCAGCCUCCAGGCUCCUGGAAAUUUAACAGUACAGAGAAGUCCCUGGAGCUCCAGCUCGGACCCUUGUUCAAGAACACCAGUGUGGGCCCCCUCUACUCAGGCUGCAGGCUGACCUUGCUCAGGUCCAAGAAGGAUGGGGCGGCCACUGGAGUGGAUGCCAUCUGUACCCAUCGCCCUGACCCCGUGGGCCCUGGGCUGGACAGAGAGCGGCUGUACGAGGAGCUGAGCCAGCUGACCCACGGCGUCACCAGGCUGGGUCCCUACACCCUGGACCCAGACAGUCUCUACAUCAAUGGUUACACCCGCCAGACCCAGGCCACCACCCCCAGCGGUUACACCCAUCCAGCUUCAGCCACCACCCCCAACACCACUGGCCCCACACUGGUGUCCUUCACCCUGAACUUCACCAUCACCAACCUGCACUAUACUCAAGACAUGGGGCACCCAGCUUCUUCCAAGUUCAACUCCACGGAGAGGAUCCUCCAGCACCGGCUCAGGCUUUUGUUCAGUAAGACCACUAUCGGGCCCCUCUACGCUGGCUGCAGACUGGCCUCGCUCAGGCUUGAGAAGGGCGGAGCAGCCACCGGAGUGGACAUCUCCUGCGCCAUCCACUCUGAUUCUGCAGACCCCAGGCUGGACAGGGAGCAGCUGUACUGGGAGCUGAGCCGUGAGACCUAUGGCAUCACCCAGCUGGGGCCCUUCACCCUGGACAGGGACAGCCUCUACGUCAAUGGUUACACCUAUGGAACCAUAAUACCGACUACCACUACUGGGGAGGUCAGUGAGGAGCCAUUCACGCUGAACUUUACCAUCGACAACCUGCGCUACUCAGCGGAUAUGGGCCGCCCCGGGUCCCUCAAGUUCAACAUCACAGACAGCCUCAUGCAGCACCUGCUUGGCCCGUUGUUCCAGAGGAGCAGCCUAGGAGCCCGAUAUGCAGGCUGCAAAGUCACUUCACUAAGAUCUGUGAAGAAUGGUGCCAAAACAAGGGUGGACAUCCUCUGCACCUACCGGCAGCCCCCCAGCAGCCCGGAUCUGCCUGCCAAGCAGGUGUUCCAUGAGCUGAGCCGGCAGACCCGUGGCAUUACCCGGCUGGGUCCCUAUUCUCUGGACAAGGACAGCCUCUACCUCAAUGGUUAUAAUGAACGUGGUCCAGAUGAGCCUCCUACAACUCCUGAGGCAGCCACCACAUUCCUGCCUCAUUCAUCAUCACCUACACAACCAGAAGCCACCACAGCUAUGGGAUACAACUUGAAGACCCUUACACUCAACUUCACCAUCUCGAACCUCCAGUAUUCAGUGGACAUGAGCAAUGGCUCAGCUAUGUUCAACUCCACCAAGAGGACUCUGCAGCGCCUGCUUGGAUCCUUGUUCCAGAAGAGCAGUUUGGGCCCCUUCUACUCAGAUUGCAGACUAAUCUCCCUCAGACCUGAGAAGGAUGGGCCAACCACCCAUGUUGAUGCCAUCUGCACCUACCACCAUGACUUCAUGGGCCAUGGACUUGACAGAGAGCAGCUUUACUGGGAGCUGUACCAGCUGACCCAUGGUGUCACCCAGAUGGGCUUCUAUACCCUGGUCCAUGACAGCCUCUUCGUCAAUGGCUAUGCACCCCAGAGUUUAUCUACCCAGAGGGAGUAUCAGCUAAAUUUCCGCAUCAUCAACUGGAACCUCAGCAACCCAGACCCCACAUCCUUGGAGUACACAGCCCUGUGGAGGGACAUCCAGGACAAGGUCACCAAACUCUACAGAAGCAGCCAGCUACAAGACAUAUUCCACUCCUGCCUGGUCACCAAUUUGACGUUGGGCUCCAUGUUGGUCACUGUCCAGGUACUGUUCUCUUCCAAUGUGGACCCCAGCGUGGUGAAGAAAGUCUUUCUGGACAAGACCCUGAAUGUCUCAUCCCACUGGCUAGGGGCCACCUAUCAGCUAACGGACCUGCAUGUGACAGAAGUGGAGCCAUCAGCUCAUCUACCAAUAGACAUACCAACAAGCAGUCCCAGCCCUGAGCACUUCCAGCUGAAUUUCACUGUCACCAACCUACUCUAUUCCCAGGACAUAGCCCAGCCAGGCACCACCAAACACCGGCAGAACAAGAGAAGUAUUGAGAAUGCGCUCAACCAGGUCUUCCGAAACAGCAGCAUCAAGAGUUUUUUCUCUGGCUGUCAAGUUUUAGCAUUCAGGUCUGUCCCACACAGCAGCCACACUGGGGUGGAUUCACUGUGUAACUUUUCACCAUUGGUUCGGAAACUGGGCAGAGUUGCCAUUUAUUUGGAGUUCCUGAGGCUGACCAAUAAUGGCACCCAGCUGCAGAACUUUACCCUGGACAGAAACAGUGUCCUUGUGGAUGGGUAUUCACACAACAGAAAUGAUGUCUUGACUGAGAAUUCUGACCUCCCCUACUGGGCCAUCAUCCUUAUCUGCUUGGCAGGACUCCUGGUAGUCAUCACAUGCCUGAUCUGCUGCUUCUUGGUCACCGUCUGCCGGCGGAAGAAGGAGGGAGGCUACGAGGUUCAGCAGCACAGCCUGGGCUAUUACCUGCCUCAUCUGGACCUGAGGAAGCUGCAGUGAGAGCUCUGCCUGGGGGCUCCAACAGGAAUAACCACAUUGGAAUAGGAAUAAACCACAUUGGUCAGACACAGUCUCUGGGCCCUUCUUGACUUGGCCUCUGACUGGUUCACAGGAGACAGAGAUGAAAGGUUUUUCCUUUCACUGAGCCCUGAGGGGCAGCUGCAGUUCUGUCUUUUGGCUUCACACCAUUUCCUCCCUCAGAGGCAUCAGAACUGGCAAGAGACCCAGACAUUGUAUCAUGUAAAAUCAACAUUCCACCUCAAUUCGAGGUUUCUCUUCCUAGAAACCUUGGAGCACACCUCCCCUUGGCUCUGUGCCAACCACCACACCCAUCUCCAUUCCUCCAUAUUUCCCCACCCCUGAUGUUCUCCUGACACUGUCUCAUUCUCGGAAGCUCGGGUUCACCAGGACUUCCAGACCAGUCUGCCUCAGGGGCUCCUCUCCCCUCAUGAGUCCUCCAAGAUGGGAAAUUGUCCAAGAAGGAAUGAGUGAGUCAGGAAUGACUGUGCAAUCAACAUUGGGACUUGGAGCCGAAAUGACCAGGUAUCUGGGAAGCCUCAGUCCCAGAGAAAUCUCAAGGCUUGAGAGACAUGGUUUCUGCUUUGGAUAUAAAGUUAAAUAACACUCAGUGGGAAAGAAAAAAAUCUGAGGAAAAGGCUAGACAGUCUUUCUUCAUCUUUCUCUGUGCUGACUCCAACUAGAUAGAGCAGGGUUGCUCCAGCAAGCAGCCCCAGAUGAGCAAGGCAUGAGGGAAGCUGUGCUGUCCUGCUUUGGAUUUGCAGGACUAGUUGGCAUGAGCUCUAUACCUUUUGCAGACAACCACAGCUGAAGACACCCAAGGGCAGAGAAGUCACGGCAAUGCCACCUGUUCAAACUUACUUGGUGUGAGAGUCAUAUCCUCAGUCUUAAGCAGUCAUUCUCUGAGAAUGCCUUCUCUGGAAAUCAUAAUAAUGAUAACAAGAGCUAUAUCAUUAUUGAUUCCUUAAUAUCUCCUAAGCAACAUGAGUGGCAACCUUUCCCAGCUGCCUUCUCAGUCUCUAGCCUCUGCAUGCAUUGUCUCAGCUAACACUCACCAUCCUUGAGAGCUGCAUUCCCAUUUUAUAGCUAAUGAUACAGAGGCUCAGAGAUACUAAAUAACCAGGAAGGAAAAAAUUUACUAAGAACCUAAGUUAAACACCUCACCACACUAUCUGUUGAAGAAAAAGGUAAAAACACUUUCUGAAAUACGGACAGACUCAACAUUGCCCUGCCAGAGGCCUUCAGUGAAAGAACCAGUCAAGGAUGUACAUCAGGAAGCAGAAAUGUGAACCCAGAAAAAUGUAACAGGAGUGAUGAGGGAAAGAAAAAAUUCAGUGUAUCUAAAUCAGAAUUAGUCUUCAAACAAGGUGUUAAAGAACAUUCUAAAAUUCCAGAUGAGUGCCUCAUGGAAGAAGAGAGGAUGGGAUAUUACUGAGCCAUCAGAAAGGAUGAAUAACCAACUUUU